GCAGGGAAUUCGAAGGUGAAGAAGAGUUCCUGGAGAUCCUGGGAAUAACACGAGAGCAGUCAGGCAAAUAUGAGUGCAAAGCUGCAAAUGAAGUUUCCACAGCUGAUGUCAAGCAAGUCCGAGUCACUGUGAAUUACCCGCCAACUAUCACGGAAUCCAAGAGCAAUGUAUCUGCUACAGGGCGGCCAGUUUCACUUAAGUGUGCAGCCUCUGCUGUGCCUACGCCUGAUUUUGAAUGGUACAGAGAUGACACUAGGAUAAAUAGUGCCAAUGGUCUGGAGAUCAGGAGCAUAGGGAGCCAGUCCUUCCUGACAGUGACUAAUGUCACUGAAGAACAUUAUGGCAACUAUACCUGUGUCGCUACCAACAAACUGGGAAUCACAAAUGCUAGCCUAUUUCUUUACAGACCUGGUACAGGAAUUGCAGGCAAUGGAUCAAUGUGUCUGGCCGUACCACUGUGGCUGUUGGCAGCGUCCAUGUUCUGCCUACUCAGCAAAUGUUAAUAACGGCUGAAAUAAAAACCCAGCAACAUCAAGAACAACACACAAAGCAAAACAAAAAUGUCAUACAGGAGACAGAGCAAGAGAGAGUGGGGGGAGGGAAAGGACAACUUCUUUCACAACUUUUGUGUGUGCCGCAACAAAGGGGAGAAAUUUCAAUGAAAGAAGAAUCAGCCACUUUUAUUUUAACAACUGUCAAGUCACUGACCAUCCGGGAGUAUGAGAGACAGAUUAUCACGCUAUGAAGGCUGGAUUCUGCUAAGGAUGCUGAGAUGCUGUAAAAAGAAACAAUGAAAUUUCACUUUAUUAUUUUCA